UGCGCGUGGCUCUCAAAGUACCAGGACAACGGGCAAUGGCUGCAGAUCGACCUGAAGGAGGUGAAGGUGAUCUCGGGGAUCCUCACACAAGGGCGCUGCGAUGCUGACGAGUGGAUGACCAAGUACAGCGUGCAGUACCGCACCGACGAAAACCUCAACUGGGUUUACUACAAAGAUCAGACCGGGAACAACCGGGUUUUCUACGGCAACUCGGACCGCUCGUCCUCGGUGCAGAACCUGCUGCGGCCGCCCAUCGUGGCCCCCGCCCUGCCUCACCACCGACGCCUGCUGCGGCCGCGGUCCUGCGGUGUAAAUGCCCAGCCUGCAAAGGCGAGGGCUCUCUUGAAUAAAAUGUUGCUUCACACCAUGCCUGGUGAUAAAGCUAAACCCUGCUGUGACCCUGCUGUGAAGAUGACGGGUGUUUAUGUGGCACACAUCGGGCAAGUCGAGACGGUUCAUGGCCGUGGCUUUGAGCCCAUGAGAUGGGGUGCUUCUGGCCCUCCCUAG